AUGAACAUCUCUGUUGACAUCUCUGCCUGGCUGGGCAAACCGCCAGAGAAGUCUCAGAAUACAGAUGAUAACGCGAUUGAGGCCGUCCCAAGUUCGCAGGGUUCGCUUGUAUCGGCAAUAUCAGCUCUAAGCCGCACGUCCAGCCGUGGUAAUAUCGACCAAGAUGAUGAAUACCAUGCUCAGGCAAGCGACGACGACGACAACGAGUAUAAUGAUGACGAGGAAUCAGAAGCAGCAUCAGACGAAGAUGGACUCGUCUCGGCACUUGUCCCUUCGCUACAGCACAACUUUUAUAUCGACGUGCCGAGACUGUCUGAAGAAGCAAAGCAAGAGUAUGAGUAUUUGCCAGGCCACUUCGAGGUCAAGGAGAUACUUGCCCAAAAGACGCACGAUCAAUAUGUUGUGAGAUUGGAGAGCGGCGAAAAGGAACUUGUCUCGUCACGCCAAUUGCGUAGUCUGAACAAUAGCUCUCGGGCAUUACGAGACUUUAAACGGCGCAACCGAUCCACCUCGCGGAGGACCAAGGAAGGGGCAGUAUCGUCAUUGGCAAAUUGGACAACCAUGACUGUCUCAGAAUCUAGUGAAGACGAGCUAUCACGUCACAUACGACGGCGUUCCAAGGCUAGUGGGAGCGAGGUUUCUGAUCACGGAGUAAGCGAUGAUUCAGAGACGGGUGAUGAAAACAUGUCGGACGUUCGCGAAUCUCGUGGCCGAAGAUCUGCGCGUCUCACGUCAAUGAAGAAGAAGAAUUACUUCCAACCCGAACUACUGCAAUUUGAGGACGACUCCGACCAACCUCGGAGGCGGAGUAACCGGGCUCGACGCUCUGUGGUGCAGCCGACGAGAGGCCGCCCACGGGGAUCGCGCUCAACCAGAGUCAACGUUUCUUCCUCAUCUGAGCGCGAGAUUGGCACACGUCGGUCGGAAAGGACACGUGCGAAACCUAGACAGAGCAUGCGCGAACGUCAGGAGGACGAUAUAUCAAGUCUCGAAGAAGAGAAAACAGCACCAAAAGUUGUUGCAACAAAGGAGCACUUUGCCCGUCACUCGGAACAUGAUCCAUUCAGAAGGCGACAUCGUCAGGAUUGCGAUACAUGUAACUAUACCGGCGACGAUCCUUCGAAGGGACCACUCGUGUUCUGUCAGGGGUGCACCAAUUCAUACCACAAGUCUUGCUUAGGACCUCGUGGAAGUCGUGACCACCUUGUCACAAAAGUCGGCGAGGGCUUGUUCGUCUUGCAGUGCAGACGUUGCAUCGGCUUUGCUCAUGAGAAGGAUCACUUAGCGCCUCAUCAGGGUCGCUGUGUUGUCUGUAACGAAUUUGGUGCAUGUUCUAGGCCCUUUAGAAAUCGCCUGACCACCAGGCAAGAGCAGGUCCAGAGAGAGGAGAAUGGAGGAAAGGACCCGAUCACCAUUGUUGAGCCCAGUAUGAUCGACAAUGUCGAUAACGUCAUGUUUCGAUGUGCACAAUGCAACCGACCCUGGCAUAUGCACCACCUUCCCACACGCAAGACCGCGCAUUCUCUGGAUGAUGACGAUGAUCAAAUGCUAGGCGAGACCGAACUCGCCCAGAAACGCUUCGAGCAUUAUCACCGGUCGUGGACUUGCAAAGAUUGCAUCGAGAAUCAGCAUCAGAUUGAUGCUCUAGUGGCGUGGAGGCCGGUCGACCUUGAUGCAUAUAUCCCGGGAACCACGGUCGACCAGAUGCCAGAAACUGAAAAAGAGUACCUCGUGAAAUGGAAAGCUCAAUCGUACUUUCGCACGACAUGGAUGUCGGGAUCCUGGGUCUGGGGCAUCGCUGCAAGUGCUAUGAGGGCAGCGUUCAUGAAGAAACAAGAAAACAUGCUUCCGAAGAUGAGCACUUCAGAUGCAAUUCCCGAAGAGGCGUUCCGGGUCGAUAUUGUUUUUGACGUGCGUUACUCAAGUGUGGUUAGGAACAGCACUAAAGAGAUUGACCUUGCACGUGUCAAAGAAGUCGACAUGGCCUUCGUCAAAUACAAAGGUCUAGGUUACGAAGAUGCGAUCUGGGAAAAGCCCCCGACCUAUGCAGAAACUGAACGGUGGAACGAUUUUAAAGAAGCAUAUGAGGAUUACGUUGCCAAGUUGCAUCUCUCAAUCCCUGGACAAUCCACUCUGAGACGACAUUUAACCAGCAUCCGAGGUUUGAGCUUUGAGAAUUCUCUGGAGAGAAAGGAUCAGCCAAAAAACGUCACUGGCGGUGAAUUGAUGGCAUAUCAGCUUGAUGGUCUCAAUUGGCUCUUGUACCAAUGGUACAAUAACCAGAACGCCAUCUUAGCUGAUGAGAUGGGCCUCGGCAAGACCAUCCAAGUGGUCUCUUUCUUUGCGACCUUGGUCCAGGAUCACAAAUGUUGGCCUUUUCUUGUGGUUGUCCCUAAUGCGACAGUUCCCAAUUGGCGAAGGGAAGUGAAAAAGUGGGCGCCGUCCCUCCGAGUUGUUACCUACUAUGGAUCUUCGACCGCACGAAGAUUGACUCACGACUAUGAGUUGUUUCCCAAAGACAAGGAAAAGGAUGAAGACGAGAAAAAGAAGCAGUCCCACAAGAGGCAGCGUUCUGAAGUCAAGGAUAUCAAAGCCCACAUUGUCGUGACCUCGUACGAGUCCAUCCUCGAAGACUCUGUGAGAAAGAGUCUCAUGAGAGUACCGUGGCAAGCUUUGGUCGUUGACGAAGGCCAGCGUUUGAAGAGUGAUCGAACACAGAUCUACGACGCAUUAUCCAAGUUUCGGUUUCCCUUCAAGGUCCUGCUUACUGGUACGCCCCUCCAGAACAACGCGCGAGAACUAUUCAAUUUGCUGCAAUUCCUGGACAAGAGCAUGAAUGCGGCAGAGCUUGAGGAGAAAUAUUCCAAUCUUACUCAAGAGAAUGUUCCAGAACUACACGAAAUGCUUCGGAAAUUCUUCCUUCGACGUACCAAGGUACAAGUAUUGACCUUUCUCCCGCCGAUGGCUCAGGUGAUUGUGCCAGUUAGCAUGUCAAGUGUGCAAAAGAAGGUUUACAAGUCGAUAUUGGCAAGAAACCCUCAGUUGAUGAAGUCAAUCUUCGCCCGAGAUGGUGGUGUUGCUCGUAAGGAACACACCAGCCUGAACAAUAUCUUGAUGCAACUCAGAAAAACUCUUUGCCAUCCAUUCGUCUACAGUCGGGAGAUCGAAGAGAGACAUGUUGACAGUACUGUCGCUUUUCAGAACCUGGUGGCCGCAUCCGGCAAGUUGCAGCUUCUCUCGAUUAUGCUCCCGAAGCUUCAAGAACGUGGCCACCGCGUUCUCAUGUUCAGUCAAUUCCUCGACAACCUGGAUAUCAUUGAAGAUUUUCUCGACGGCUUAGGGAUGCAGCACCGCCGGCUCGAUGGUCAGAUUUCUGCUGCUGAGAAGCAGAAGCGUAUCGAUGAAUUCAACGCGCCUGACUCUCCCUACUUCGCUUUCCUGCUCUCAACAAGAGCAGGUGGUGUCGGCAUCAACUUGGCAACAGCAGACACCGUCAUCAUCCUCGAUCCAGACUUCAAUCCUCACCAAGACAUCCAAGCUUUGUCACGAGCUCAUCGUAUCGGGCAAAAUCACAAAGUCCUCGUCUUCCAACUGAUGAUUCGCAGCAGCGUCGAGGAAAAAAUCAUGCAGAUUGGGCGCAAGAAGAUGGCUCUCGACCAUGUCCUAAUUGAGAGAAUGGGUAAAGAUGACGAGGCCGGCGAGGAUUUGGAAUCGAUUCUGCGACAUGGAGCUCAGGCCCUGUUUGACGAUGAAUCAGGUGCUGACGAUAUCAUCUACGAUUCUGCUUCUGUUGACCGUUUACUUGACCGAUCACAGAUCGAAGACACCAAAACAAGCGAGGAGAAAUCGGCUGAAUCACAAUUCAGUUUUGCACGUGUCUGGGCAAACGACAAGUCGACCCUCGAUGAAGAGCUUGUUGAUACAGGAACAAGUACACCGAAUCCCGGCAUCUGGGACAAGAUACUUCAAGAGCGCGAGAGAAUGUUUGCUGAAGAGGAGGCCAGAAACGCCCAGGCGCUGGGCAGAGGCAAGCGCAAAAGACACGCCGUCGAUUAUGGCGGUCCCAGAGACGAUGAACAGGUCGGGACUACUGAAACCGAGGACAAAUACAAAGGAAGACGUCGGUCUCAGGAUCCCGAUUAUCGUGCACCGAAAGAGUCUGACGAUGACAAUGACGAAGGUUUGAGCGUGGACGGCGAGUCCGAUCGUCGGCCCAGGCGUUCAGUUCAAGCACGGCCGUUUAAACGAGUCAGAGUACCCCUUGGACAAGCGCCUCAUUUCAAUGGAGAGACCGCGUUCCAGGUUCCCCCGGGGCAUAGCAUGCCCCCUUCACAUCAAUGUUCUGCAUGUGGUGAACAACAUCCCAUGGGUUGGUGUCGUCUCAAAGUGGCCGGGGUUGAGUACUGCGGUCUUUGCGGGAUCGCCCACCUUGGACACGGCAGGACCUGUCCCCAUUUGAAUGACAAUCGACAGGUUGCAACGUUGCUGCAGACUUUGAAGGAAAGUACCGAACCUCGCGAAUUGAUUGAGCAGGCUACGAGGUACUUGAGGACCAUCAGGGGCGAUCUCAUGCAACGAAAGCGAACUCAAGAUCUUAGAGAGCAACAACAGCAGCAACAACAGCAGCAACAACAGCUGCAACAACAGCUGCAACAACAGCUGCAACAACAACAGCUGCAGCAGCACCCGCCGCCGCCGCAGAGCCUUCGGGAUCGUGUAUUGUCGGCGUUGCAUAUAUUACCUGCAUGA